AAGCAAGGGCGCACGCCCAGCUCGCCCGCGGUUCCUCUCAGCCCCGGAUGUGACUGUUUGGCUGAGGCGCCUCGCGCCUUACGCUACAUGGGAUUGGGCGCCGGUGGGUGAGGUCAUCACGCGGCGCUGAGAAGGGAAGCGGGAAGCACAGGUGAUGCUGUGGAGCCUUCAGAAAGCCCGGCCACUCUGGAUUACAAAUUUACAGGAGGAUGAAACAGAAGAAAUGGAGAGCCCACAAUCACCCGGUCAACUUUUAAACCCUGCUCUAGCCCACUCUGUGUCUGUGGCAUCGUGUGGUAAUAUUUUUAGUUGUGGUGCAGAAGAUGGUAAGGUUCGAAUCUUUAGGGUGAUGGGAGUCAAGUGUGAACAGGAACUGAGCUUUAAGGGCCACACUUUAGGGGUAUCCCAGGUCUGCUUUCUGCCAGAAUCCUAUUUGCUGCUUACUGGAGGGAAUGAUGGGAAAAUAAUGUUGUGGGAUAUAAGCAGUGAAGUUGAGAAAAAACAGAAGAGUCCUACAAAACAUACCCACAGGAAGAAAACUAAAAGAACGACUUGCACCAAGCAGGGUGGGAACGCUAAUACUUCAGUAACAGAUGAAGAAUAUGGCAAAAUUUCACCAAAGCUAAGUAUUGAACAUGGAGAAAAAGUGAACUGGCUCUUCAGUACAAAAAUAAAGGGAUACCAAAAUAUUUUAGUAGCUGAUCAAACAAGUUCUAUAUCUCUGUAUCCCUUAAAUGAAUUUUAAAUCCAAUAAAAACAUUUGAAAAACUGCAACAAAACUUUCUAGGUUAAAAAAAAAAUCCUGAUUCUUUGUUUAAGCUGUUUGUCAUGUAGAAUAAUACCAUUCUAUUGUAUAAAUGUUAAGACAUUUGAACAGAAGAUAAUUAGGUAAUACUUCAUAUAGUAAAUGAAGUAUUAAAAUUUGGGGGAAGAGAACUAAUAUUCACUGAAUACUGAUCAUGUACCAGUGAUUUUAUAGUUAUUUUCACUUUUUAUUCUAAAUCAAUCUGUAGUAGGCUAAAAAUGACCCCCCAAAGAUAUCAGGUCCUAAUCUCUGAAACCUGUAAAUGUUACCUUAUUUGGUAAAAGGAUCUUUGCAGGUAUAAUUAAGUUACAAAUUGUAAAGGAUUAUGUUAAAGGAACAUAAUCAUGGUAAUUGUAUAGUACUUACUUUUCUUUUUUUAUUAAAAUGUAAAAUGCUUGAGGGCAAGGUUUCUAUCCAGUUUAGUUUCAAAGCUUAUGAUCUAGCCUGUCUUGGACCCCUCCAACUCAUAAAAAUAAUACUCAUUAAAUAUUAAAUGAAGCAAGGGAGGUCCAGAAGGGGAAAAUGUUAAGAUAUGUAGGUAGAAAAAAAUAAUAAAGGUCAACCUGAAGGAAACGUGGUGGGGUUGCCUGGCAGCCAGACUGAACCCAUUUGCUUGUGCUUCAGGUUAUUUUUAAUACCAACUCUCAGGGCUACACAUAGCUCUCCCAACCAAUGUUCAAUUUACAGACACCAGACAUGCUCAUCUCACAUUUAAUGUUCCCUCCAAGUUACAACCAGUUUGCGAUCCAGGAUAGACAAUCCUGAAGCUGAUGCAGUACUACCCAGUUUCUUCUCUCUGCCAAGAAGAGAAAUACCUUCAAGAUGAGUCAAUCACCCUCUGGCAGAAUCAUGUAUAAUCCUGGAGCCUUAACUGAUGAAUCGUUCUCCCUUGACCUCAGUUUCCAUGUUCAAACAGAAUUAGAGAAAAACAGUAAUACACUGCACAUGUGUUCUGUCUGUAUGUAUGUGUAUUUUGUUGUCUGAACUAUUUGAAAGUGAGAUACCAUGACACUUGAUCUCAAAAUAUACCAGCAUGCAUCUCCUAAAAAAGAUAUUUUCCAGUAUAACCAUAAUACUGAUAUCAUAGCUAAGAAACUUAGCAAUAAUUCACAUUCUUGCUCUUGACCAGUCAGUUGUGACUUAAUACCAUCCUUACUGCACUAAAGUCUGGUGAUAGGAGAAGGUAGCCACCAUAAAUGCAGAAGAUAGGCCCCUCAGUCAUGUGCAAGACUUGUGGAGGUAAAAGGCUGGGCACAAGAGGGACCUUAUUGCUCAGCCUGGGAUCUGAGCAGAGGUGGGGUCUCCUUUGUAGCCAACUCUCAUCCUGUGGAGUAGUCCCAGUGGGGAAGAUUGUCCCUUCCACUAGGCUAAGGUUAAUUUUAGACUUAUGUUGCCAGGCCAGUAGGACAUUAUGGGAAUGAGGAUCUAAGUCUUAGCUGGAGUGGAAAAGAUACCUUGCUAUUACCAUCACCACUGGGGCCAUACUCCAGCCAAAGGAGCAGAAUUUAGGCCAAUUAGAGGAUGUGGGAGAAAUUCAGAAUACCUUCCUGCACUUGAAAAGCCCCUGCCAUACCCUGGUAUUCUUGGUGGAGGAAAUGACUGGGCUGAGGGUUAAUAGAGCCUCCAUUGGGUCCUCUUUUCUAUAGCCAUAGAAAAAUGCUUAGGAAGAGUGACCCAAAGUUCACUUGGGCAUGAUUCUCCUGUAAUCAUUCUAGCCAAUGAAUGAAGAAACAUCCAAAACAUGCAGUGCUCAAGUAAAAACAGUUCUAUUAAUUAUUAUUUUUAGUUGAGCCAUCCUGCCACCUGUUGGCAACUCAGCAGCAGCUCAG